CAGUCUAGUACUCAAACAAGAAAAGAUAGGGUGUGAGGGACGCAAGAAAACAAUUAAUAAAAAAGUUAAGGACAAUAUUUAAUGAAACCAAAGCUUCAAGGCAAUUUCUCCUCUCACCAUUUCUCGUUAUCAAUCAUUCUCUCUUGACAAAGAUGGACAGCCGACAAGCCAAGCGGAAUAGUGGUUUGUGGACUUUGGUUGUUCGGUGGAGAAGGAGAUGACUUGACCCGACAGGUUGACACACAACGCAAUGCCGAUACGAGGAAGUUUCUCUAUUCAAUUUCCAUGCUGUCUGUUUUUUCAUUGCCUUUUCUUUUAAACAACCAAUCUUUUGUGAGAAACGAAGAAUUUGAAACAAACCCAGCUCAUCUGUUCAGCUUUGGAGGAUAUGAAACGAGCCCUUUUUAGUCCUGGUGAAUCUGAGGCAAGGGUAGUUCAUUUCAGGAGAAUCUGAGACAAACCCAGUUUUGCCUUUUUGUACCUCUUGAAGCUAUGCAUGUUUAUUACAGGCAUGAGCUGGAGAGUCCGUGGCAGACCAGUCUCACUUUCCAGGUUUGCAUCUGCUUACUUUGAUUGAAUCGAUUCGAGAAAGAUGGGUUCUUUUGGGAUUUCAAGGGUGAGGCAAUGUUCUUUUCAGCUUCUGUUGUUAAAUCAGCUUGUAGUUGAUUUGUUUGGUCCUAAUUGUGUUUAUAGAAUAUCUAGUGUUCAGUGAUUGUGCUGUUUAGGUUAAUAUAGUCAUAAUACAAUUUUGAAUUGCUUGAUAAAGCCAUAAAUAGUCAGGUGAAGCGGUAUGAUGCCUGAAUUAAGUGAUUCAUGCUUGCUUCUCGAUCUUCCUGAUGAUGUAUUUACCAUUAUAUGUCGGUUCCUAUCGACAAGGGACAUCUGUACUCUAAGUCUUUGCUGCCGGAGCUUAUAUGUUCUUGUGGCAUCUGAGAAAGUCUGGCUCACCCAAUGUGACAUGGUAGGAAUUGUCCCUCACCGGGAUCUGCUGGAGUGGCGGAAGGGCGUGUCAUCUUAUAGGGCAUUAUGUCGCUUCCUUGUUAGUGUUAAGCCGUUAAUUGGAAUCUGGGUUCACCAAAAUCCCGAGCUUGGUAAUGUAGUUUAUGUCAUGCCAGGUUUUGUAUCUGUUGUUGGAUGCCGGAUUUUACCUCAGGAGUUAGGUCCUUUAGGUAUCGAGGAGGGUCCUAUUUUAUGGGCACCGGUGUUUGAAAUAAUAGGUGACCUUGAUGGUUCCACAGCAUUUUUCCUACAUGGAAGAGAGAAAGGGAAUGACUAUGUUUAUCCUGGUUCAGUCAAGUCUGUUGAGAGGAAUUGCAAUGUCCUGCUGCUUGAGGUUGACCUUAGGCAACAGAAGAGUAAAUUAUUCCCUAAUAAGAGCUUUGCCUAUAACUCAGAUAGGGAGCUAGCAAGAAAUGUUUCUAGGUCACAUAGUGAAUUGCCAGGGUCACAGAGGAUGAUCAUACAAUGUGAGGCUCAGGUGCCUUUUAGCCGCUUGGCUUUCAGCGACAGAAGAAAGUUGAUUGAGGUUGUCACAACCCAAGUUGGUCAAAAGGUAUCCGAUUUGGCAAAUAGUCUGCUAUUUCCUCGGUUGAGGAAUGAUGAAGAGAAUUUUCAGAAAGAUUUGGCACUCUUGUUUGAACGGAGAUCAGUUCUUUUGAAAAUGUAUAAUCUUGGUCAAGGCUUCAAUUGGAAGGAAGCUCCUGAAGUGCCUUUUGAUCCUAUGCAACUGCAAUUGAGUGAGGUUAGGAAGAUUCUUGAUCAGUCGAGUGGGUCUCUGAACGAGGAUGAUAAUCAGAUGCAGUCCAACACUAAGAGAACCCUUGGUGGGUAUUUCAGAGCAAGCAUCAGACAGAUUUUGGGGAAGCCCCCCUCCAUAAAUGGUAGCCACACACAUUCCAAGCACAGUUGUUCAAGGAGUGAGAGAAAACAUGCACCGCUGCAUGAUUUUUUAAGGUCAGGUGAUACAAUAGGGUUGGCAUUACAUGCCACUGUGGUGAGGUUAUCUUCUUAUCGCGCAUGGCCGAAUAUGCAUGACAGCCGGUUUGCCCUAUACAAAUUACCCAUGCGGGGUCCAAGAGCUGAUGAAGAAUAUGCUGGUUUAUGGGGAGGGACUUUUGGUUGGCCUCCCGGGAAGCCCACUGAAGACAAGCCUGGAAAGGCUCUGUUCUUUCUUUUGGUCUCUUAUGAGGAGUCUGAAGGAAAAAGAAAUCUCAUUGCUACUAAGAUAUUAGAAGGCACCCAUUAUGUUCUGCAUCCAAAUGGCUCAGCAAUGUUCAUAGUUAAUAUUGAUGAGCCUUUAUACGAUCCAUUUCCUUGGGAUGUUGAUGAAAAUUCCUUUCCUUUGAUCAUUAAGCAUGCAUUUGCAGGGGAGGGUAUAGCAAAUGGGUAUGGUUUCAGAUAUCCAGGCUCAAAGCCUGGUUCCCUCUUUGUAAUUGAAAAUGGUCUCCUUGUCUUUGUUUGGAAGGAGUCGAGAACUGUCUUGACCAUGCAGAGACUGAACUUACAAGAGCUUUUGAAGAAAGGUGAACGGGUGCCUGCUUUACCUCCCAUUAGCAACUUUUCAUACUUGACCAAGUCCUAUUCAAAUGUCUUUACUGGCUUCUCAGCUGCCUCAGCUUGUUUGUCUUCACCAAGGCAAAGAAACUUAUAGGCAUUGAAAGCAGAGUCCAAAAACCAAAGGGUUAUUACAAAUCCAUAAAAGCUGAGGUGUCCUCGGUUGCUGAGUUGAUGGUUCAACACAUUUUCGCUGGUGCCUUGCUGUUGCUCAUUGAUGGUCAAAGUGAUAGUCAAUAAACGGAAGGUAUAAUUAAACGUAAGGUGGUUCUUAUGAAUCCUAUCUUGAGACAAGCAUCGAGUAGGAUUAUAUUAUUUUUAUGACAAUAAAUGUAAGGUAUAAGCCUCUAAUAUUGCAAGUAAAUAAUUUGGUGUGUUAAUUAAUGAUUGGUAGAAGGAUGAGAGAUUGAAUAAACUGGCUUGGCAAAUGCAUUUGGAUUGUAUAAUUAAAAAUGGAAAUGCUCCAUAUCUUAUAUUUUCUGGUUUA